AUGGCUGCGGACGCGACGCAGGGAAGUUCAGAAAACAAACGCAGAUUAGACGAAGAGGAGGACGGAGAUGACGGGUGGGUCGGACCCCUGCCCGGUGAGGCUGUUCAGACAAAAAAGAGAAAGGUGCUCGAGUAUGAAAGAGUCUACCUGGACAACUUACCAUCUGCUGCCAUGUAUGAGCGAAGCUACAUGCACAGGGAUGUUAUCACUCACAUUGCGUGCACCAGAACAGACUUCAUUAUUACAGCAAGUCAGGAUGGCCAUGUAAAAUUUUGGAAGAAGAAAGAGGAUGAGGGAAUAGAGUUUGUCAAGCAUUUUCGUAGCCACCUGAGUGUGAUUGAGUGUAUUUCAGUCAGUGCUGAAGGUGCACUCCUCUGCACUGUUGGUGAUGAUCAAGCUAUGAAGGUAUUCGAUGUUGUCAACUUUGACAUGAUCAACAUGAUCAAACUUGGGUUCCACCCUGGUCAGUGUGAAUGGAUCUAUAAUCCAGGUGAUGCCAUCUCUACCGUGGCCUGCUCUGAGAAAUCCACUGGGAAAAUACACGUCUACGAUGGGCGUGGAAACAAUCAGCCACUGCACACUUUUGAUAAAAUGCACUCCUCUCCACUCUGUCAGAUACGCCUCAACCCCAGAUAUCGCGUCAUUGUCUCAGCAGACAGAGCAGGCAUGCUGGAGUACUGGACAGGCCUCCCGAGUGAAUUUAAGUUCCCCAGACAGGUGGACUGGGAGUAUAAGACAGACACAGACUUGUAUGAGUUUGCGAAAUGUAAAACACAUCCCACCAGCCUGGCAUUUUCCCAUGACGGCAAGAAAAUGGCCACCAUGGCAGCCGAUCGCAAAGUGAGGAUUUUCCGCUUCCUGACGGGGAAGCUGAUGAGAGUGUUCGAUGAAUCUCUAACAAUGUUCACAGAACUGCAGCAGAUGAGGCAGCAGCUGCCGGACAUGGAGUUUGGCCGCAGGAUGGCCGUGGAGAGAGAGUUGGAGAAGGUGGACGGGAUUCGACUGACCAACAUCAUCUUUGACGAGACGGGCCACUUUGUGCUUUACGGAACCAUGUUGGGCAUCAAGGUCAUCAAUGUGGAGACAAACAGGUGUGUGCGCAUCUUAGGGAAGCAAGAGAACAUCCGUGUGGUGCAGUUGAGUCUCUUCCAAGGGGUUGCAAAAACCAUGACGGCAGCCCCCACUAUAGAGAUGAAAGCCUCUGAUAACCCCGCCUUACAGACCACCAAUCCCGACCCCACCAUCUUCUGCACAGCCUUCAAGAAAAACCGCUUCUACAUGUUUACAAAGAGGGAGCCAGAGGACACCAAGAGUGCUGAGUCUGACAGGGACAUCUUCAAUGAGAAGCCGUCCAAAGAGGAGGUCAUGGCUGCCACACAGGCCGAAGGGCCAAAGAGGGUCUCGGACAGCGCCAUCAUCCACACCACUAUGGGAGACGUCCAUAUCAAAUUGUUCCCUGUCGAGUGCCCGAAAACGGUGGAAAAUUUCUGUGUCCACAGCCGGAACGGUUACUACAAUGGUCACAUAUUCCAUCGUGUCAUUAAGGGUUUCAUGAUCCAAACUGGAGACCCCACAGGGACAGGCAUGGGUGGAGAGAGCAUCUGGGGUGGCGAGUUUGAGGAUGAAUUUCAUGCUACUUUGAGGCAUGACCGACCAUACACACUCAGCAUGGCCAACGCAGGUCCGGGAACCAACGGCUCACAGUUCUUCAUCACCGUGGUGCCCACUCCAUGGCUGGACAACAAGCAUACAGUAUUUGGAAGGACUACCAAAGGAAUGGAGGUGGUCCAGAGGAUCUCCAAUGUCAAGGUCAACCCCAAGACCGACAAGCCCUAUGAAGACGUGAGCAUCAUAAACAUAACUAUCAAGUAGAUUCCUCACCUACGCAGACUGUCGUGUCAUUAUUCUGUACAAUAAAGAGUCUUUUUUCCAGACAGUGCUGUAUUUAUCAGAGAUCUACAAAUGUUUAAGACAAGAGAAUGUCUGCUUUCUUUUUUUUAACAUUUUAAUAGCAUAACAAUUAUGAAUAUUUUUACAAAAAGCCAUCGUCAAGUUCACAACAAACAAAUGUAUUAAGUGUGCACUGUGCUUGUUGAGGUUUCAAACUUAAGAAGGAAAUCUUUCACAAACUGUGGUCCUCUGAAGAACGAGGGAAAGGCUUCACACAUGCUCUUUAACCUACAGUCAGUAAAACAUUACAUAGCAAUGAGAAAAACAUGGUUCAAACCAAAGGGUGGUUCGUCAAACCAACUAGCUCGGAGGAUGUAUGCGCCGAGUCACUAGCUAUGUUUCCAUUGACUUUGUGCACAAAUUGCAAGCCAUAAAAUGAAAAUGCUACCCAGCAGCUUG